GCAAGAUAUAGCUUAUACAAUGAAUCUGCUGACAAUAGUAUAAGCUAUUCGGUCUAUGUAAUCGGGAACUUCCGAAGUGUGGGAUACAAUAGCAUUUGACAAUCGGAAUACUACACACUAGAAAGGUCCAGUAGAUGACCACAUUUUCGGCGUAUCUCGUCUAUGAUCGACGCCUAGUUACACUUUUCAUGAUGAGUUUCGCUUUAAGUUCACGGAGACCCGCACUCCAAGCCCUGCAAUCUAACACACCCACCCACACACACACAUACACUGAUAUGUUCACACGGGGUAGAUUAUACACAAACAAAAGUAUGUCCACAUCAGCAAGUGGAGUUCAAAAGUUCAUGACUAUGCGAAUGUAUUCUGAGCAAUCACGUACAAGUGUGUGUACUCGACCGAUUAUGAGGUGUAUGCACAACGAUGCACAUAAAAAGGAUACAGAAGGGAUGGAACAAUUACCACAGACAGAUAUAAUGGAGGAGGACAAAAAAAGACAGAGUAUAUCCCCGAAAACGAAAUUCAGCGAUCUGAAAGUGGCAUCCAAUAUCUACACCAAACUACGUAAGCGCUU